AUGGUUCUACUUCGAGGUGACCUUGAUGAAAUCCGCAAGAAUGUGUCGGAACAAAUCCAACUCACAGUUCUCAGUGAAGAAUUCCAGAAUAAACUCAUCGAGUCUCUUUUAAUGAAGAUUGAGAAAAAAUUUGAUGAUCGAUACAAGAAAAUUGAGGAUAAUGUCAGAAAUCUAAACGCUGAGGUCGAGUCGUUAAGAUAUGAAAAUAACAAUUUGAGAAGGAGUCUCGACGCCCAGGAACAAUACUGCAGAAAUCGUAACAUCCGUAUAUUCGGAUUAAAACAAGAAAAGGAUGAAAAUCUGUUUUCAAGAAUUCAAAAAAUUUUCAUUGAGAAAAUGAACGUGGAAAUAAACAGUUUUGAUGUUGAAAUCUGUCACCGAGUCUCUUCUAAAGGUGAUAAGGACGGUAGACCGCCAGCUGUUCUUAUGCAGUUUCGAAACGUAAACACACGGCUUUGUUUACUAAAACAACGGAGACUUUUGAAGAAUACUGGGGUCACUAUGAAAGAAGAUCUUACUCAAUUCAGACUGAGGCUUUAUAAAGUUGCCGUGAAGGAGCUCGGUGGAAAAAAUGUUUGGUGCCUCAAUGGAAACAUUUAUGGUAGAAUUGAUGGACACUCUCGUCGUAUUGAAAAGGAGGGUGAUAUUCCUAUUUCAGUGGGGGAUUCGUGAUUAGACAUGGUUGAGCGACGAUGUUUUGGUUGACUCUGUUGGUAUGAGAGAUUAUAGAUUCUUCGAGCACAAUAGAGACGGUCGUCGAGGAGGUGGAGUGGGUGUCUAUCUCAGGGAUAGCAUUGAGGGUACGAUUUUGUGUUCU